AUGGAUUUAUCCAAAGAUCCUAUCAUAAUGACUGACACAUCGGCACAAAACGGACCACGUACCAGUCCUCCUCCCCGCUUCGAAGGAAAGCCUUAUCUGCAAUGUCUCGACACGCUCGAGGAUGCAUUCCCAGCGCUCAAGUCCUUCUUGGAAAAGCUAGCAAAUGAGGGAGAAGCCGGCCGUCAGGCUGUCAGGCAACACUACGAGAAAGAGCAUCAACGUACGCCGGGCCGAUGCUAUUGCUUGGAGUUCAAGGCUAAAAGCGUCGUGGAGGUGGAAAAAGGUGGCUUUAAAAGCGCUGCUGCGCUCCGAGAGUACCUCAAGGAGAAGCCAGCCAAUAAGAGUCGCGAGGAGAGACACAAGCGGCUCUUCAUCCUUGAAGAUAUGGAACCGGACUAUGUGGAUGCACUGGGCCAUCAUCUAGGCGUCGACCCUCUGGUCUUCAGCGAGCAAAUGAAUACCUGGAACUUUACUGACUCCUGGUCCAUCCCCCAUAGAGGAUUGCCAUCGAUGUCAGCACUCUGGCGAGCGCAAGACUGGGGCGCAUCCCAUGCCCUCCAGGAGACUUCACAUCAGAGCUGGCCGUACCAUAACGGAUGUUCCACACUGGCCCCACUGAUGUUCUCCGAAGUCGGUUUGGGGACAAAAGAGGUGAACUUUCCAGUUUUCCGGGAGAAGCGGAACCUUACCAGUGCCAUGGAUGAAAUGGUGUUCUACUGGACCAAGCUAGCUACUCCCGAGCUGAUCCAGGAGACGAAUGAGAAAUCGUCCAACGCAGCAUACUACCUCCUGAAACAUGUUGCUCAACACUGGGUCAACCAACUUGAGCUUAUGAAUACGACCAUCGCUAGGGGUGAAUGGUUCUCCGAUGACUAUCAAGCCCAGAUCGACGACAACUUGAGUAAACAGAAAUGGAAGGAAGACCUACUGAAGAUCAACGAGAUCGCCAAGGACAUUAACUACAUGCGUCGACACUUGAACCACUUCUGGCGUGCAAUGUAUCUCAACCUUGAACGUCUCGGUGUGCAAUUAGGCUGCGAAAGUGUCGACGCGAAUGCAUCUCUCGCGAUUCGAGACGCGCAAAAAGACUUCCUCACAAUACACACAAGGAUGCAGCCUUUGCGCGAUCGCGCAGAAGCAUUGAACUCUGUCUCGAACGAUCUCGCCAAUCUUCGGGCGGCGUUCAGAGGCGUCUCAGACGGCGAGUUCGGCCUUCGUCUUAGCUUGUUCGCAUCCGUUGUCUUCCCGCUUACCCUGCUUGCUGGCAUCUUCAGCAUGGGGGACGACUUUCGCCCUGGGAAGCCAAAGUUUUGGCAUCUCUGGGCUAUCGGCAUACCCGUUUGUAUUGUGGUCGCACUCGGAUUGGUGUACGGGAGAAGGCCUUGGGCAGUGGCCACCGAUCUUUGGGAAUAUGCAAGAUCAUGGCUCGAGCACUGCAAGGUCAUAAAGCCCAAAGACAAGAAGGCUGCGCAGAAGAGAAAAAGUGAAGGUACACAAAAGCAAGAGAUGGAAGGACACAAAUCGGGUGGACGAGCGACGUCAAUAAGAAGGGCGGGGUGGAAGAAUCGCGAUGAAGAACACGGUGUUGGUGAUUGA